GGUACUCAUGUGACGUGAGGUGCGGAAGUAUACGGAACACUCCAACAACACGACAACUGUAAAAAGAAAAGUGAUCUAUAAAGCAAAUAUGGAACAAAACAAUGGUGAAACCGAAGGUGGGAACUUGGCCCAGGUCCAACAUGUGGUGUUGAUCCUGUCGGGAAAAGGAGGGGUGGGCAAGAGCACCCUCACCACAGAGCUAGCCCUGGCCCUAAGACACGCAGGCAAGAAGGUUGGGAUCCUGGACGUGGACCUGUGUGGUCCCAGUAUCCCCCGCAUGCUGAGUGUGGGCAAGCCAGAGGUGCACCAGUGUGACUCAGGCUGGGUGCCCGUCUACACAGAUGCCCAGAAGAGCCUGGCGCUCAUGUCCAUAGCUUUCCUGCUGGAGGACCCAGACGAAGCAGUUAUCUGGAGGGGCCCAAAGAAAACAGCUCUGAUUGGACAGUUUGUGUCUGACGUGGCGUGGGGGGAGCUGGACGUGCUCCUGGUGGACACGCCCCCGGGGACGUCAGACGAGCACCUGGCCGUCCUGGAAAACCUGAAGAAGCAGCACAAAGUGGACGGAGCCAUUCUGAUCACUACACCACAGGCAGUAUCGACGGGGGACGUCAGGAGAGAGAUCACAUUCUGUAAGAAGACAGGCCUGCGCAUCCUGGGGAUUGUGGAGAACAUGAGUGGAUUUGUGUGUCCACACUGCUCUGAAUGCAGUAAUAUCUUCUCCAAGGGAGGAGGAGAGGAGCUGGCCAAGUUGACAGGAUCAGUAUAUUUGGGCUCUGUGCCCCUGGACCCUCUGCUCACAACCUGUAUAGAGGAGGGCAAAGACUUCAUCCAGACAUUCCCAGAAAGCGCCACCUUCAGUGCCAUCAACAGCAUUGCAAAGACUCUCCUAACAAGCAUACAAAAUCCCUGAGCUUGCAAAGGACAUUGCAUAUUCAAUAGCAAUACAGUAUCAUAGUAUUUAGCCUUUGUAAAAUCAUGUUGAAAUAUAUAUAUAUAUGUACAACCUCACGACAUUUUUACAUUGUAUCUAUCUAGUCAUAUACUACUGUUAUGUAAGCUUCAGAAAUCUACCCACAUGUAAUACUUCACAAUUUUGAUAAAGUGUGCUGAUAUUUAAUUGAGAGCAGAACUGAGUGCAAUCCGCUUCACCACUACCUGACUGCCAGCAGACAUUUAGGUUAUGGUAAACUAAUGGAUAGCUGAACAUUCUCUAUCUAGACAGCCGCAAAUCCGAUUAUUAAAUUAUGUUCCACUAUAGACAAACUUCAAUUAACCUGAUUAGAUUUUUCAGUUCUAAGCAGCCGAGUCACCAAUUAAUUACCCAAAUACAAUGUUUGAGCAUGCGAUUGCAUUUAUGUCUUCAUGAUGGCAGUAUGAGGAAAUGCACCAGAAAGACGAACGGCUGGAAACUGCGGGUGACAGUGGUCUGUUAGGGAUUACCUUCUGGGUUUUGAAGAACGGCAGCGAUUCAACAUGUAGGAAUGUCGGUAAACUGAAAUUGACAGCCGAUCUUCAGGUCAGAGGCAAAAGGACCACCUGCUGCUUUUAUGUACACGGUCAGUUGCUCUGGUGUGUUUCCUCUCUAAAUAAAAAGGCAUAUUUUA